AUGAGUCUGCCUAUCCUGUACAUUUCAUCACCUAACACUGCUCUUAUCUUCCAGUUACACAAGUUUGUGUAUCCUGUGGUCCAUGGCUUCAUCACCAUGAAGUCGAGCUGCAUCAAUGGGAAGGUGUUUGAGUGGAGUAUUGUCUCCAGGAGGAGCUGCUUCAGAGCCGGUGUCCGCUACUAUGUCCGAGGCAUUGAUUCAGAAGGCCAUCCUGCUAACUAUGUGGAAACGGAGCAGAUCGUGCAGUACAACAGUGCCAAGGCUUCGUUUGUUCAGACAAGAGGCUCCAUCCCCUUCUACUGGUCCCAAAGACCCAACCUCAAGUACAAGCCAAAGCCACAGAUCAGCAAAACAGUGAACCACUUGGAUGGAUUCCAGAGACACUUUGACUCACAGAUUAUUCUCUAUGGAAGACAAGUGAUUUUGAACUUGAUCAAUCAAAAAGGCUCAGAAAAGCCACUGGAGCUGGCAUUUGACAAGAUGGUAACCAACCUAGGAAAUGGCAUGAUCAAGUACAUAGCCUUUGACUUCCAUAAGGAGUGCAGUCGGAUGAGGUGGCACCGCCUGCAGAUCUUAUUGGACAUGGUCGCUGAAAUGCAGGAUGAAUUUGGAUAUUUCCUGGUGGAGGCAGAUGGGAAGGUACUGUUGCACCAGGAGGGGACGUUUCGGAGCAACUGCAUGGACUGCCUGGACCGUACCAAUGUCAUCCAGAGCAUGCUGGCCCAACGCGCGCUGCAGUCACAGUUACGGAGAAUGGGAGUCCUCCACAUUGGCCAGCAGAUUGAAGAGCAGACAGACUUUGGGAAGAUGUACAAGAACGCCUGGGCAGACAAUGCUGAUGCCUGUUCCAAGCAGUAUGCUGGUACUGGUGCCCUGAAGACUGACUUCACCAGGACAGGGAAGAGGACUCAGUGGGGGCUGCUGAUGGACGGCUGGAACUCCAUGAUCCGAUAUUACAAAAACAACUUCUCUGAUGGUUAUAGACAGGACUCUAUUGAUCUGUUCCUGGGGAACUAUGCUGUGGAUGAAUCUGAUUGGAACACCCCGCUACGUGAGCCCAAAGACUGGAAGUUUCUGACGUUGCCUAUCGUCAUGGUGGUAGCAUUCUCCAUGUGUAUCAUCUGCCUGCUAAUGGCUGGUGACACGUGGACUGAGACUCUGGCCUAUGUUUUGUUCUGGGGAACAGCCAGCGUGGUGACGGGCGGCCUCAUCCUCUUUAAUGGACUGGACUUUGUAGAUGCUCCCAAGCUGGUCCAGAAGGAGAAGCUGGACUGAAUGUGUGUGUGUGGAAAGCAGCUGGGCCCCAGCGAGCUCACUGCCUCAACCUCCAGCUCUUCAUCACUUUACCCCCAGCAUCAGCAGGCCUGGAGCCUGUACUAACCGGGUAGAGUGAGGAGGGUGGUGGGACGCAGGGCCGACAUUGUGUACUACGACAGUGGAGAGACAGAGACUGAGUACACAAGCCUGCUGCUGUCCACACUGCAGCUGCUGUCAUUUGGACAGGACUGUCUGUCCACACUUUCACUGGAACCUGAACCUCUGGACUUUUGAUUGUUCCUCAUUUCAGAGUAAACGUUUGUUCCACUGCAUUCCCUAAUGGGUGCACUGGGAUCAGAUUCACAUCACUCUGUGAUGCACAGCUGUAAUGAAUUACUGUAUGUACCAUUAAUUUGCCUUUUGUCUUUGUCUUUUUUGCCAUUGCCAAUAUAUGUUUCUCCAUGUACAGUAGCUCGGUCCGUGUUUCAAAGACUUCAAUACCAUCUUAGAUUACACAGCAGUGUAUCCUCCCUUCCAAAUGUCUAUUAGACUUGUUGAUGGUGCAUAUGAGUGGUCUUUAUCACUUGGUACAGUCGGGAUGAUCAUCAGUGUCAUCAGUCAGUGCUAGUGAUUCAUAUUCAGGGGUGUUAAAGACGCGCUGUUGUUUAAUAUGCUAUAUCUGAGGUAAGUGGAAUUACAGGUUGUUUAGUGGCAGCCUAUCAGCUUCCAACAUGUAUUGAGUUCAUUCCUUCAUAAUAAUAUUGUUGGUUAUCACAUUCAUCUCAUUUGUCCACUUUAUGUUGGCUGUGGUUAGCUGUGGCUGCUAUCCGUGAGCUGCUCAAUCUGACUGCUUGGUUUGAUUUGGGAGAUGAAUGGAUGUAGUGCAGAUGUUGCCUGUUAAACAAUGUUGUGUUAUUCCUGACAUUCCUUAAAUGUUAACUAUUGUUUAAUGUUCUGUCAGGCUCUGGGCGAUUAGCCUGGUGGAGAGCAUCAUGUUCAACUUGGUGAAGAUCACACAAAUGUAUUUUUAACUUGGUCUCUGUAGGUUUAUGCGUCUUUAUCAUGAGGGAACCACGAGGCAGGUCACCAAUUUACUGGUUUUUAGAAUCCUCUUAGACACAAACAACGUUGAUGAGUGGUCCAGACCUGUAGCACGAGUAAGGGCAGCUCGUUUGAUUCAAGAAAAAUAAAAUGCCUUAAUCGUUUAAAUAUGAUACUCGAAUAAAGUAUUUAACUAAAACCAAAUUAAUAUUCUGUUCAUCUCAUCAUCCUCAUGGCUACCAGUCUUUUGGAUGUUAUCAUUUCUUUUGGCAUAUUUUGGUUCAGAACUUUUAGCCUACAUCAGUUUUAUGUUUAAUUCUAAUUUAUUAGCGUCUAACUUCAUAUGUGCCUUUCCAUCUUUUUUCUGUCACUGCUGACAACUGUUCACAUUUUCCAAUACAACGACUGACACUGCUGAA